AAGGGGGCAAGUGAAAAGAAACCUAUUAAGAUUCCACUUAUAAUGUAAGCCCACCUUCUUUACUCAACCCAAUCAUUCUCUCUCAUUGCCACAACAAAAUCUCAUUUUCCUCAGAUCUAACCCUUUCACUCUCUCUCUCCCUCAACAAACAAAACAAAACCAACAAACAAACAAGCCCCAAAUUCACAUUCCUAUUCAAAUUCCCUUUCACUUCCCUAAAUGCACACACCACCACCACUUCCACCAUGCCCACUCUCCACAAAUUCAAGCUCUUAGCCACCCAAUGCGCCAUCGCCGGCAGCCCCACCCGAAGCCCCACCACCAGCCCCGUCAUCCACCUCCGCCGCCGCAAAACCCUCCGCAUGUUCCUCGCCCGCCCUCAAGACCGCCGCCGCUUCCACCAUCCCCCUCCCCUAGAUCCCCCCGAAACCACCACCACCGCCACCGAUGAAGCCAAGGUCCGCCACAAACUCAAGGACCUCUUCAUCUCCUCCCCGUCACCACCACCACAAGACAACAACAACAACACCACCACCACCACCACCAGCAGCUUCAAACAGCAACAGCGGCCGGACCAGCACGACGAAGAAAUCCUCCCUAGCUCCGCCAUCAGUGUCCGAUUCCGCAGCAGAUCCCCGCUCCGGAGAUCCGUAGCCGCCGCCGCUCUCCGCCCGGUGACAUCGGCGUUCCGGUACAAGCUGCUCAGACGAGCUUGGCGGCCGGUGCUGUUCACCAUCCCGGAGUAACUAACAGUAGUAAUUGUAGCAGUUUCUCUCUACUGUGAUAACUGUACGGUUGAGUGUUCAUUUCCAAUUUUUGUUAUUUUAUUAUUUCUAAUUUUUUGAGAAAUAAUAAAUAAUCUCAUAAAUAAUAA